AUGAUUGUCAGUAAAAGAGGUUUGGCAUGGUUUGGGGCUCUUCUAUGGCUAGUUGUCGUAGUAACCCCCAAUAGAACAGAAGAUCAACCACCUGUCUCGAAGAGAGGCGGCUCGAAGUUCAUCCUGGAAACCAUACAGACCAGCUGUGACCACAAUUUUGUGGAAUACUUCCACAAGGUCCCGAAAACCGCCGCCUUGUACACUUUUCGGGUUGUCAAGCUGGCCCCCUCUUUCACCAUCGACAUUGCCACAAGAGUGCAGAAAACCAAGCGCAUUCUGUACAAAGUCGACAACCUAGACGGCUGUGGGUUCUUGAAGAACCCCCUCUUGUCUCGAAUAUUCGGCCCCGUGUACAAGAAGCUGAUCGUCAAUGGCAGCUUCUUUGGAUGUCCCAUUAAGCCAAAGGUGUACUUUCUCAAAAACGAAGGCACGGAGGCCAUGUUGCCGGCAUUUCAACCGCCCGGCAGGUACCAGAUCACCAUGAGGGUCAGAAUGAAAGAGAGCCACGAUCCAUUUGUAAUGGAAAUGCUUUGGGUUUACAAUGUAGUUAGGAUUAAAUGA